UUAUCAAUUGUUAUUUUUUCAUAGUUUGUAUUUUUUAUUAUCAUUUUUUUGAAGUGAAGACAGGGCCUAAGAUGGAGCUCACCGAUUCAGUAGUAGCCUAUUCAUUCUUGCUUAAAGAGACCGAGGUCAUAUUUAUCAGGGAAUAUUGUUGAGAUUAGAGGUUUGCAUGUUGGCAUGCCAAAUGAUUUCAGAAUCAUUGACGAUCAUAAUAUAAAUUCAUGUUGAUUAUACUAUAAUUUAUUAGUACGUCACGUCUGAAAAUAUCGAUACGAAAAAAGUGCCAAAAAUAUGUAUACUUACACGACUUUAUUGCCCAUAUAGUAAGAUAGUGUAUACAUAUUUUCAGACGUGACUGCACGACUGUAUGAAUAAAAUAAACUGAACUAAGUAACAUAAAGCAUAAAUACUAUCCCUAAGGACAAACGGCCAUCUAAAAACAGCCGGAUAACAAAAUCGAUAAGCGCGCUCAUGCUCAGUACCGGGAUGCUGCGCUCACCAAAACAAAUGUUUUAGCGCCUCCAACACAACCUUAACAAAAUUAAUAUUUAAAAUAGCUAAUACACAUGUCGCGGCACAAUGUUCUCAGUGAAACGUAUAAGAGCGAGAAUCAAAACGAAAACGACGCACUACUUAAGAUGCGGGGCGAAAACGGCUACGUUUCUCUUCUGGGCUUCGCUGUACAUGGUUGUCAUGAGGAUGACUAUCUUCAAGGGGAGCUCGGAGCCGCCUGUGAAGGAAUGGGCUAUUCCUGACAACUACACGAAGUGGCUGUUACAGGGCCCAGUUUUAGGCGAGGACGAAACCGACUCGGAGACCAUAGACUGGUCCGAGCCAGACAACACCACCAUAACCGAGCUGGAGAAGCGAUCAGCGCGCGCGCAGACCGUGUGUAAACAGAGACAUAUACAACAGACCGUCAACAGUAGGGAGUUCUUUGUGGAUCAUGCGCAUAAUCUGGUGUGGUGCAACAUAUUUAAAGCGGCCAGCUCGAGUUGGCUGUACAAGUUUAAUAUUUUAGGCGGCUACGACAAGAAGUUUCUAGCGCGAAGCCGACACACACCACUCACAUUAGCCCGUCGAAAAUUCCCACGACCAAGCAUAGAAGAACUCAAAGACGCCAUCAACACUCCAGGAGUAAUCUCCAUGCUCAUAGUCCGAGAGCCCUUCGUGCGUCUACUCUCGGCCUAUAGAGACAAGCUAGAGAAUGUAACACCGCCGUAUUAUAGGAAGCUGGCGAGGGCUAUAGUGGCUGAGCAUAGAGAGAGCGCGGCGAAAGUUUUAGGACCAAUAAAAAGCUUGGGACCGACGUUUUAUGAGUUCGUCGCGUAUUUAAUACAGAAACAUAAGGAUCUCGACCAGAGAUUCCCUUUCGAUGAACAUUGGGCUCCGUAUUAUCACUUCUGCUCUCCGUGCGCUGUCAAUUUCACAGUAAUUGCAAAAGUAGAAACCCUUUCUAGGGAUUCAGGGUAUGUCAUAUACGAGUUAGGGUUGGCGCAUGUUUUAGGAAGACGGGUUAGGGACCGCAGAACGAGACUAAGGACUGUUAUGAACAAAUCCAGAGAUGGAAAGAAUACGACAGCCCUGUUGAAAUACUAUUUUAGUCAGUUGGAUGAAAGUAUGCUGAAUGACUUGCUGAGAAUAUAUGGUAUAGAUUUUGAGAUGUUUGGAUAUGAUCCUAAAAUUUAUAGAAGUUAUGUGAGGAAAUAAAGUUUAUGGCAUGUGUUGA